AUGAACCGCGGUCGAGGGUCGGGCAGAGGAGCCCGCGGGGCCGCCAGUUCUGCUACUUCAGCCAGCUCCAGACCGGCAGCAGCACCCGCCGCAUCUACCACCACCAGAGGAGCCUCUACGGCCGCCUCACGAGCCACGCGGGCACCCACCGUCGGCCGGUUCCGUCCCAAGAACAUCCGCAGAGAUGAGGCCGAACGAUUAGAUCUUGCGAGGCAAGAGGAGAAGAAGGCCCAAGAGAGAGAUGCCGAGGAGCGCCGCGCCCGGGGCCGUUCGCGGUUCCGUAGCAAGCGCAGCCGUGGAAAUGCGAUGGGCGCUCGGGGGGGUCGCGGAGGAAUAGUAGGUGCUGCCACCGGGCCUUUCUCAGGUGGAAUAUCCGGUAGCGCAGGUGGUUGGUUUGGAGGUGGCGGCGGCGGCGGCGGCGGUGGUGGUGGUGGUGGUGGUUUCAGAAUGGGUGGCGGCGGGUCAUAUCGAGGCGCCAAAUCUGAGGGCGAGGGCUUCAGGGAAGCCAACCGAUAUCGUGAAGCAAGAAUCAAUGCCGACAAACUACACACCAUGGCGGCAGAGGAGGAGCUAGGAAGCGAGGAUGAAGCUACCAUGGCCGCCCUCACGUCGCGUCCCGCGGACGUUAUGCCAAUGGGUAUCUACCGAACCGAACAUAAGGAGGUCGGAGUCGUGGUUGCCACAACGAAAGAGUUGGAAGCCGCAGAGAACGCCGCCGAAGAAGAGGAAAGCUUGUGGGUUGAUGAGGAUAGCCCAGCACGGCCCAUCCCUGAGCAAGCCAAGGAAGAGGGCAUCUGGGACACAGGAGACAACGGCCCUACUGUCAUUAAGAAGGAGGAUGUUGACGGCUCGAUGGAUAUCGAUCCCAGCCUCGCUUCGCCUGAGGAUGCGAAGAAACCUCUAGUCGAGAUCAAAGUCAAAAAGACAGCGCCCCAGGACCCCGAGGAAGCUAUAAUUCAGUCGGAUUUAAAUCUACUAGCAAGUGAGCUCGGCACCAUCGCCAUUGCUCCGAAAGAGGGAGGAGAGGAAAAGCCAGAGGAAGCCCCUAUGGAUAAGGACGGACGCCUGUACCUUUGGCAAUUCCCGCCACUCCUCCCGCCACUGAAGAAAAGCGCAGAAGCGAAGCCCAAGCCCAGAGUUAAGGACGAGCCUCAAGACUUAGAUAUGCUAAACUCUGCACCCACCGCGCCGAUUGAUCUCACUGCAGAACAGGCCGGCGAACCCGAACCUGAGGCGGACGAUGACGAGGUGGAUGAUGGCAAGGGAUUCCUGUCAUCCAUGCUUUCGGAGGGUGGAAUGAUUGGUGAGCUCAAGGUACGAAAGUCUGGCAAGGUUGAGCUGGACUGGGGUGGUCAGAUUCUAGAAGUGAGCCCAGCUACGGCAAUGAACUUCUUAACGACUGCGGUAAUAGUAGAAGAAAAUGACUCCAAGGCCGAUCCCAACGCCAUCGGGGGCGAGAGUGUGGGAAUGGGAAAGAUCAUGGGCCGGUUCGUUCUUGCGCCUGUUUGGGGUGAAGAAGAUGACUGGGAGGUCGCGCCAGAGGAACUGGUAGUAGAUGAAGGCACGGCAAAUUAA